UCCAGGCACGGGACGGAGUGGCAGAUAACGGCCGACUAUUGGCGGAACAAGGUGGCCGAUCAGGCUGGCGGUGGGAAUGGCAUCCACCACUCUGUUUGGCUGUUUCCCUCUGCCGCAUCCACAGGCCACGCACCCCUCGCCGCUGUCCGCGGCUCUCAAUGGGCCCUGUCAACCCUUGGCCAGGGUCUUCAUCUGCUUUCCAGCUGCCCAUUUAUUGUGACCGUCCCCGAUCGUCUCUCCCAGCCUCAAAUGACGACCCUUUCCACCUCACGAUCUCCCCACUUGCACCCUCUGCAAGACCCUGUUUAUCCGACCCUGUUCGCUGAUCAGGGCUCGGACUCG